CGUAAAUACUUAAAUUAAGUUUUAAAAUCGCUCGCCCUCAAUCUUGGAUACGUCAGUGGCUAACGUUCAAUAAAAAUAGAUAACAUAAAUCUUCCCGUCAAAAUCACGUUGGUUGACUCACAACACCGUGUGGUGGCCGCACGCAUCGUCGCCUUUCGGAACGUGUAUCUUAUUAAAAAUACAGCUUUCCUACACAAAGUGAUCUCACUUCGAACGGUAGAAUAGAGAGGAUUUACCAGAACCCAGUCCAUCAGCUGGGCCUAGUUUAGUUCUUCACUUCAAAACUUCCCGCUAAUCGAGAAUGCAGGACCCGAACGAAGAUACCGAGUGGAAUGAUAUUCUCCGCGCGAAGGGCAUUAUACCGCAGAAGCCCAAGGAGAAGGAAAUUACCGAAGAUGAAAUUAUCGGCAUGAUCGAAAGCACCAUCGCGGAGAAGCAGAAUGGGAAAGAUUUGUCCCAGCUAGAUCUGGACGAGCUGGACGAGCUGGAAGACUCGGAAGACGAGGCGGUACUGCAACAGUACAGGCAGAAGCGUAUCGCAGAAAUGCAGGCGGCUGCUAGCAGAGCCCGUUUCGGAACGGUGCGCGAAAUUUCUGGCCAAGACUACGUCGAGGAAGUGACAAGGGCAGGCGAAGGCAUCUACGUGGUGCUGCACCUGUACAGCCGUGGCAUACCAUUCUGUGCGUUGAUCAAUCAGCACCUGACGCAGCUGGCCACCGCUUUUCCCAUGACAAAGUUUGUCCGUGCAAUCGCAACCACGUGCAUCGCCAACUACCCGGAACGGAACGUGCCGACCAUAUUCGUGUACUACGAGGGUCAGCUGAAGAAACAGUUCAUCGGGUCAGUUGAGCUGGGCGGACCUAAUCUAACGUACGAAGAGCUGGAGUAUAUGCUCGGACAGACGAAAGCAAUCGAAAGCCAAAUUAAGGAGGAUCCACGGGAGUCGCGAAAGAUUAAGGACAAGAUGUUUGCCGAACUGUCGGACAAUAACGAUUGGUAGAGGUAGAGCAGGGUUGUGGAGAAUUAACGUAUGGCGGCAUUUUUUCUACAAAAUCUAAUAAAGUUAUCUGCUAUUUAUUGAUACUCGUGCGUGACAUGUGUCGAUCAUGUUCAGGGAAUUGGUUAUUUAUGCAAAAAUUGAACUCAGCACCGAAUAUUAAGAUGCAUAUUAACGCACUUAAAGAAAGAGUAAGACAAAACUCGAGAAAAAUAAACCAUGUUGUACGAACUAUCCGGCUGAGGAUGAAUAUUGGUAUUUUUAAAUCAACUAGUGACGCAAAUUUAUCAGGAUCGAUACCUUUCGCAAUUAUAAACAAAUAUAAAAGAUAUCCUGUCGUUACCUCUGA